GAUAUAAGAUGAUAUAAGAUAUAAGAUAUUAUAAUAGCUCUUAUAAUACAUCCAUGUGUAGACAGCUGGUAAAUAAGCACAGUCCGUUUACCAAAUACGUUUUUGUUGAGAUGUUAAAUAGAUUUUAGACGAAGAUAACAGUUGGACUACUAUCCUAAACAUUAGUUUAUUUUAAUGGAAAAUGAAAUGUUCACUGCAACUUUCAUGUGACGUUAAUAAAACACUUCACACCGUUUGAAAAGCAUUUUAAUCCAAAUGUGAAUUUUUCUUUACAGAAAUUAACUUCGUGUGUAAAGUUUCAAUUAGUUUUAAUAUAAAAUCUGUUUGUGAAAAAAUAAUAUAUAUCAGAAUAUUUACUUUGUAAAACUGAACCCGGUCCGGUGGAUCCGGUCCGGGGAGUCCGCGCUCCCGAUGAGUGAGGGCUAAGCUAGGCUAACCGUUACCCGCUCCCGUUAUCACCGCUCCCGUUAAUGCGGUCAUUCACCGCAGCGGUGCGUUUUAUUCACCAGCACACACUAAUCUUACAGGAACGUGUUUUAUCCGGUGAUAUCGAUCUCCGAUCAGAUUGAUUUGAUCCACCGACUGGCCCCCAGUCUGAGCUAAGCUAAUAGUUAGCCUCGCAGCCAAAAUGGCGGACAACGAGGAGGACAGCGGUCCGAGCAGGACAAUAACAGCAGCGGAGCCGCCGGGGGCCGCGGCUCGGUCCCCCGCCGCCCCGUGCUCCCAGCCCGGGAACAGUGUGCCGUCAGCCCCCGCCGCCCCGUGCUCCCAGCCCGGGGACAGUCUACCGUCAGCCGCCGCCGCCGCCCAGUGCUCCCAGUCCGGGGACAGUCUACCGUCAGCCCCCGCCACACAGUGCACUCAGCCCGGGGAGAGCUUACAGGCAGUGCCCGGAGCUCAGUGCUCCCAGCCCGGGGACAGUUUACCGGCAGGGUCCGGAGCUCAGUUGGCGGACUUCCUCCAGAGCUGCCCGGGGGAACAGAGCAUCCUGCUGGGCACAGAGUUCACAGGCCUGAGCCCGGACCUGGUCAACACCACCAUCAUCUACGUGCAGCCGGACGGCAGCCUGCUGGAGAGCUCCGGGCUGACGGCCGAGGAACAGCAGGCUCUGCUGGACCAGCUCACCAAGCAGCAGAUCGUCCAGGUCUCUGACACCGAGGCCGCGCAGCUGCUCCAGCAGAGCCAGGUUGUAAAAACCAUCCCGGUCCACAACGCGGCUCUGGACCCCAGCCAGUUGCAGCAGGUCAUCAACCAGGUCACCAAGUCCCAGCAGCAGGUCCAGCCCCCCCAGCAGCAGGUCCACAUCCAGGUACCUCAGCAGAGCCUGAAGACCUCCUCCCAGAACAACGCCUCGCAGCAGCUGAAGACUGCAGCCCAGCAGGUCGCCAUGCAGACCAGCGGCUCGGUCCAGGUGGUCCAGAAGAAGUCAGAACCAGUCAGGAUCCAGAUCCAGAUUCCUCCCAAACAGGAAGUGAAGCCUGGUGCUGCCCCCCAGCAGAAGAGUUUGAGUGUCAAUCAGCCACAGGUGAAGCUGUCGACCAACGGCAGCCUGAACAGCGCUCAGAUCAUUCACAUCCAGCCUGUGGUUGGUCAGCAGGGCCAGCAGUUCUUUCUACAGCAGAGUCCCGGCGACCCGCACAUCCAGCUGCUCCUGCAGAGCCCCGCCCCCGUGGUCGGAUCUCUGCUCCCAUUGGUCCACAAGCUGACGGGCCAGACAACAUCAGCCAGUGCCGCUUCAGCUGUGGGUCAGAAACCCGCAUCCUCCCCUAUCAGAGUCCAGAGUCCUUCUGCUAUUAAGACUCCGCCCACUUCCACAGUUAAAUCCCCGCCCCCCUCCUCCGUUAAAACUGUUAGCUUCCCGCUAAUUAAAACCCCCACUAACGGCAUGACGGUGGCUGCCAGUAAGGGCCCCAUUAAACCAGCUGCCACCAUCACAGCGGUCCCGGCACAGAACACCACAACCGCUGCUGCCCGCCCCCCCACAGGGGCCCCGCCCCCUGUAGCCCCGCCCCCAGCAGGGAGGGAUAAAGAGAAAGAAAAAGAGAGGGGAAAGAAGCUGAAGAAGAGAGAAAAGAAGGCGGUCAAAGUCCAGACCAGAUCCGGUCGGGUCUCAAGACCACCGAAGUACAAAGCCAAAGACUACAAGUUCAUCAAGACGGAGGACCUGGCCGACAGCCAUCAGUCCGACUCAGACGACUACUCCGACAUGAGCGUGGAGGAGGAGGAGGGCGAGGGCGGGAGGAAGGACGGCUCCGCCCCCGGAACCUCCCCCUCGCUCACCUACAGCCACAAGUCACGGUCCCACUGCUGCCAGACCUGUGACAAGGCCUACAUCGGCCCCGGAGGCCUGAACCGCCACUACAAACUGAAUCCGACCCACGGAGAGCCAGACCCGCCCGGCAACACGCCACACCCCCUCAGAGACAACAGCCAAUCACAGGAGCCGACAGCGGCUGCGUCAGCAGGCGUCAAAGACGAGGAGGAGGAGAAGAAGAAGGAAGACAAACCUGUUGCCACGGCAACAAACAGAGUGGAGGGGGGCCCAGCUGCAGCUGUAGGACUCAGGGGCCUCCAUCACCGGGGCCCCGGCCGGCCACGAGGACGCGGACGGGGCAGGGGGCGGGGCAGGGGGCGGGGCCGACCACUGGGACCACCUCCGAAGGUGACGGUAGGCCUCGUCAGCAGGCGGGGCCGUCGCGGCCGACCUCCGAAACUUAGUGUCACCAUGGCAACAGCAGAGCAGCAGGCAGAGAGGAGACGGGAACGACUGCAGGAGCUGGUGGAGCAGUGUGAGGACGAGGAACUGAUGGACAUCGUUCUUCCUCGUUUGACUAAAGUGUUGAGUCUGUGGGAGCUGCUGCUGGCCAAGGUGGAGCGUGGCGGUCCGGCUCGCACUCGUUUUCCAGAUAUUUACCGUGAGUUUGAGUCCCUGCAGGCUCAGGUGAGACAGGCCGCUCAGGAUUACAUCAUCAGCCCGCAGGGUGGAGCCACGCCACUGGAGGUCAGAAACAUCGAGGUUGCCAGGUCUCUGGGGAUCCUGGACGAGGUGAACAGGAUGAAAGUGGUUCCUGGAGUGUCUCACAGCACUAGUCUAACCAAUAAGAACGUCCGAUACAUGGAGAAUUCCAAGAUGCUGCCGCCGUCCAAGAGAUUCAAGAUGGAGAACAGCGUCCCCGUUCAGCAGAAUGGCAUCGAGCUGCACCGAACAGGGAGUGCAGUGACCUCCGUGCCCCCUGUGACCUCCGUGACUUCUGCGACCCCUAUGACCUCCACGAUUCCUGUGACCUCUGUGACCUCUGUGACCUCCAUAACCCCUGUGACCUCUGUGAGCUCCACUCUGAAGUCCUGCUCGGUUUCAGUGUCUCCUCUUGUGAUUCCAUCUGGAUCCAAACUGCUGUCCACCACCGCUGAUCCUGCCCCCAGGUCCUCUGGCCCCACAUGUGCAACGACCUCCCCCCAGGCCCUGCCCCCUGCCACGCCCAUGGAGGUGACCCCUGGUGAGAACCAGGGGGCGGGGCCUCUGCAAACUGACACUCAGGUGGACUCUCUGCCAGCAGGGCAGGACCAGGUCUUGAGCACCAGUGACAUCGCAGCCCAGAUGAAGGAGCUGGAGAAGGCUCUGGGUCCACGUCUUGAGUCCAGGUCCACCCUGACGCCUGAGUCCAGGUCCACCCUGACGCCUGAGUCCAGGUCCACUCUGACACCUGAGUCAGGCUCCCAGAUUCUGGCGUCCCCUCAACACCAGUCUGAGUCCAGCACCAAAGAACUGCAGGAGGGCCAGGAGAUCUACAUACAAACCGAGGGUCUGACGGUCCAGCUGGCGGAGCCCGGAUCAGACCGGAUCGUCAUUGUCAACGGGCCGGAUGGGACCACCAUGCACAUCCAGACCCCAGAGGGGGUUCCCCUGGAAGCGGUUCAGGCCCUGCUGGGCAUCGAGGCGUCAGACGGGGCCAACAAAAUCCUGUCCAGAAUCCAGACUGAUCCGAACUGAGUUGCACCGGAACAUGACCUGAACCGCAUCACACCCACAGGGAGAUCAGUCAGAUCAACAUCUGUACGUGCAAACACCUGGACUGACAAACACCUGGACUGACAAACACCUGGACCCACAGAAUUCUUAACAAACAAGUCAACGAGCACCUGUCUGACUCUGUCCUGACGGGGGCGGAGUUUAAACACACCUGUCGUUCUGUCCUGACGGGGGCGGAGUUUAAACACACCGAUUGGUCGGUCUAUCUGGAGACUUUGUCAUGUCUGGACCCUCAGAGGAUGAACUUGCCUGCGGCGCCCCCCUCAGGACAAACUGGACAUUGUUACUGUGGGUGUCAUGAACCCAGCGGUCUGUAGGGGGCGCGCAGGUCUCCAGAGAGUCAGUUUGUUGUUUCAGGUAUCCUUUCAACAUCACCUGGAUCUGCGACGUGUCAAACUAAACUUCCUGUUCAAAAACACACUGAAGAUCUUCUAAAAGACUCCUGAACUUUUUCUUCCAACGGUUUUAGGGUUAAAACUCUGUUCAGAAACCAGAGCGAGUCGAGUUUUUGUCUCCUCAUGAUUUAAGUUUCUAAUUUUCUUGAUAAAUUCUCAUUUUAUCAUUUUAUUUUGUGGUGCUCAUAUUUAUUUUUUUAAGACUGUUACCCUGAGAUCAUCGUAUCACACCACCAUCCGGUGAUCAAUUAAAGUCCUGAUCAACCAUAAACUGCAGAUGACCUGAUCAAUAAGUCCUGAUCUCAUGACAGCAGAUUAAAUAAAUAUGAGCCUCAUUUGUUAUCGAGAUGACGAGAUAAUCAGUUUGUAACGAAGACGCUGAAAGUGUCCCCUCCGGGCUCCGGUGCUCGGCGGCGGCGGACAGCGUGUCAGUUCAGGUCGCUGUUUGGUUCAUUCAGCUCUUACCUGUGAUGAUGUCAUCAUGAUGUCAUCAGAGGAACCUGAUCCUUCCUGCUGGUUUUUAAGGAAUCAGGAGUGUUGAUUGUACAUUUGUAAACUUGUUUUUUUCCAAUGUUUCCACAUUUGGAUUCGUCGUUCAUUUAAAAAUAGAAACUGAUUAGUCGGCUGUUCAUAUGUAGAUAAAUAUGAAAAACAAAGUUUAAAAAAAGUUGCACUAUUUUAUUACUUUUUAUAAAACUUCACAGCAAAAUGUUUUCCAAACGUAAACUCAGAUGUUUGUACUCGUUUGGAAAAUGAAUGUGAGGAAAACAGGAAAACAGUUUGGAGGAAAUCGAACUUUAUUGAUUUGUCAUGUUGAUCGUUCAAGUGCUGAAUGCAUUAAACACAUUUCAUGUUCCUCCAAUAAACUGAUGUGACAAACUCAA